AUGGCGCAGGAGAACGCCGCCUUCUCGCCGGGCCCGGAGGAGCCGCCGCGGCGCCGCGGCCGCCAGCGCUACGUGGAAAAGGACGGGCGCUGCAACGUGCAGCACGGCAACGUGCGCGAGACGUACCGCUACCUGACCGACCUGUUCACCACGCUCGUGGACCUGCAGUGGCGCCUGAGCCUGCUCUUCUUCGUGCUGGCCUACGCGCUCACCUGGCUCUUCUUCGGCGCCAUCUGGUGGCUGAUCGCCUACGGCCGCGGCGACCUAGAGCACCUGGAGGACACGGCGUGGACCCCGUGCGUCAACAACCUCAACGGCUUCGUGGCCGCCUUCCUCUUCUCCAUCGAGACGGAGACCACCAUCGGCUACGGGCACCGCGUCAUCACCGACCAGUGCCCCGAGGGCAUCGUGCUGCUGCUGCUGCAGGCCAUCCUGGGCUCCAUGGUGAACGCCUUCAUGGUGGGCUGCAUGUUCGUCAAGAUCUCGCAGCCCAACAAGCGCGCCGCCACGCUCGUCUUCUCCUCGCACGCCGUGGUGUCGCUGCGCGACGGGCGCCUCUGCCUCAUGUUCCGGGUGGGCGACCUGCGGUCAUCGCACAUCGUCGAGGCCUCCAUCCGCGCCAAGCUCAUCCGCUCGCGCCAGACGCUGGAGGGCGAGUUCAUCCCGCUGCACCAGACCGACCUCAGCGUGGGCUUCGACACGGGCGACGACCGCCUCUUCCUCGUCUCGCCUCUUGUCAUCAGCCACGAGAUCGACGCCGCCAGUCCCUUCUGGGAGGCGUCGCGCCGCGCCCUCGAGAGGGACGACUUUGAGAUCGUGGUCAUCCUCGAGGGCAUGGUGGAAGCCACGGGAAUGACAUGCCAAGCUCGGAGCUCCUACCUGGUGGAUGAGGUGCUAUGGGGCCACCGCUUCACCUCCGUGCUCACCCUGGAGGAUGGCUUCUACGAAGUAGACUAUGCCAGCUUCCACGAGACCUUUGAGGUGCCCACACCUUCCUGCAGCGCCCGGGAGCUGGCCGAGGCCGCAGCCCGACUGGACGCCCAUCUCUACUGGUCCAUCCCCAGCCGGCUGGACGAGAAGGUGGAGGAGGAGGGGGCUGGAGAAGGGGCGGAAGAGGGGGCUGGAGAGGAGGCGGGAGAGGGGACGGGCGAAGGGGCUGGGGUUGACAAAGAGCAGAAUGGCUGCCUGCCACCCCCAGAGAGUGAGUCCAAGGUAUGACCAGAUUCCUCCAGACCCCUGUGGCAGGGCCAGACACAGGUACCUGGGGAGCUGAGUAUCGCAGGUGGAGAAGGAGUCCGGCAAGGUCCCUAUGAAUGCACCAAAGCUGGAGAGCCGCCUCAGAAUCUCAGGUCUGGAAUCCAACUGGGAUGUCAGAGAUCCUGAUUUCAGGAGAAUGGAGGGUGGGGAUGGGUGAACUUACCCAGCCUGUCUGUGUUUGACCUUCCUGUCUGUUCUUGGGUGGAUGGAUGGACAGAAGGAUGGGCCUGUGUGAGCCGGAUGAGAAGGUGCUAGCAGAGAGAAACAGCCGGUGGAUAGAUAAGUGGGCCGACAGGUUGGUGGUGCGCUCAGGGCUGCCGCUAACUCAAAGAGCGUCUUUGUGCAAAUUCUAAAAAGGCACCCUUUUCCUUUAGACUGACACCACCCUAAACCAGGGUGCAUGGCUUGGGGAGCAGAUGUGGGCUGGAUUUUAGUUCCCACUCUUCUCCUCAGCCAGCCUCCCCGAGUCUGGCGCAUCUGUCUCAUUGGCCACAGCAGCCCAAGCUGACCCAGGGAAGAGAAGGCUGGAAGGAGGCAGGCAGAGAGGAAGAGGCUGUCCUCCUGCCUCCACCCCCCAACCGUGACAGGCUGGGAGGGAGGCUGAAAGGCUGCAGGGGCAGCUCAGUAGGAUGAGAAUGAGCUCGUCCACGAUGCAGGGAAACCAACUGUAGGCGAGAUGCCAGAGCGGGGGCCCUGGGGCCCUGGGGCUGGGCCUGGGAAAGGCAAAGUGGGGCCGACCACCUUCUAACAGCGGAGUGAGCUCUCACAAGUGCCCCUGCAGAGGGGGGAGGGGAGAGCAGGCCUGUGAAGGGAGGAACCAGGGGAGGCAUGGAGCUCAUGAGUUCACUAGAGCUGGGACCCGGGGCCCGCAGGAAACCAGAGUCAGUCUUGGGGUACAGUGAGAGGGAGUCAUUCACAUGGCUACUGGGUGCCAGCUGGGUCCGGGGCACUGACCCGGGCGUGUGUGGGGAGGAUGGUCAGAGAUCCGAUUCCUAUUCCGGGAAUACAGCGCAGGCACGUAGGAAAGACAGAGACAUAUGCCUUUGGCAACUGUUUCAAACCAAGAACCUGGGCGAUCUCUCUGAGUAAGGGUGGGCGGGCUCGGUGAUCAGAAAGCCGAGGACUGAGUCAGACCUGGAGGGUGACCUGAGCCAGCAGUUGUGAACUUGGGUGGGCAUCGGGGCCAACCUGGAGGGCUCAGGGACACAGAUGGUUGAACCCCACUCCCGGAGUUUCGGACACAGUAGGUCUGGGGUAGAGACUAAAACUCUGCAUUUCUAACGCGUCCCGGGUCCUGAUGCCAGAACAGGGACCAUUCUUUGAGAAGCCCUUCCCUAAGCAGAUUGUGGGGUUCUGUCAUGAAGUGGGCAUCAAGCUGAGGAGUAGCUGAGGAUCCUUGGGAAGGAGACUGAAAUAUAACGGGUGGAUUGUGGUGGGAAGAAAGGGGACCCUGAAACCUAGGCUGAUGAGUUUAACUCUGGACCCAGGGACUCACCCGUCAGUGAAAAUGGGGCGGCAACAAGCUAGAGAUGGGGUUUGGUGAAGAUGAGUAGGCAUAAUAGAGCAAAGCAGCUGGGAGGGCUUCAGGGGGGUCCUGGGGAGGCAAUGGGAACUGGAGGAGGAAGGGCGUUCAGUGACAGAGGAUGGAAUCCCACGUGGGACUUGAAGUAGGCUUAAAUGCGGGAGAAGGUGUGAGAGAGCCGCGAGAGACCAAAUAUCUGGAUGUGGCCUGCCGUUUGCCCAGCUGGGACAGGAGCCCCUGCAGACAUGUUCCCAUGCCGCGUGCACCCCCUUCCUGGCCUCAUCCCAGUCACCAGGGAGGCCCUCCAUCGCAGGGUGAUGAAGGGAGAGGAGCAGCGAGUCAAGAAGGGGCAGAGGCGGGGGACCUGUGGGUGGUACACACAUGCAAGCACACCAUCCCCAGUGUUGAACCCCAGCCCUUGGCCCUGGCUGCAUCCCACUCCAGACUUUAAUAAAAGUCUGAACUCCUUGGUGGGGGAGCACCCCAGUGCGCUGCAUUCCAGGGUGCGAAGCUGGGGUCCUGUGAGCCGCUGUGCCUCCUGGAAGCAGGACAGAGCCAUACCAGCUCAGAGAGGACGUCUUUGCCUCAGAUCAGGGUCACCUGGGUCACCAUCAGUCAAAGAUGAGGUCCCUGCACCCUGGCAUCAGUCGUUCGCAAAAAAAAAACAAAUGUUGGGGGAUGGAACGGGGUGCGCUUUUGGUUCAGUUUGCUGAAACAGCUGGAGCCUGGAUAGAAGAGAGGGGACUGUUCGUGUCCACACUUGCUCACACGGUAGUUCACCCACUAAAAAUGAAGCCACCGCAGAGAACUGAGACUGGGUGGAAGGCGCCGAGACCCUGCCACCCCUCUGCUCACACUGAGCCACCACUCAGGGCCCCACUGCGUGCAGUGCGGGGAGUCUGGAGACCUGGGCUCGAGUCCUGACACUGUCACUACUUCGUUCUAUGACUCCGGGCAAGUCGCGUCACUUUUCUGGGCCUCAGUUUCCCCAUCUGUAAAAACAACACUUGGCAAACUGGUAAUGCUCAAUAAACGUUUAAAUCACUGA